AGCCAAAGUUCCUUAUGAUCGAGACGCUGUCGUAACAAGUCUCAACCACAUAUCCCUGGACACAGCUAGUGUACAAAUACACAUGCAUGAUGGCAGAUGGAGCAUCUAUCAGCAGGAAUGUUAUCCCAGAAACACUAGACACACGAGUAGCAAGCAAAAAAAUGGACGCAAGGAAGAAACGCGUGGCGAUUGUCGGCGCCGGCCCGAGUGGCCUGGCGGCAUGCAAGCACGCCCUCGCCAAGGGCUUCCGCCCCGUGGUCUUCGAGUCUGCCGCCGGCGUCGGCGGCGUGUGGAGGCGGACGCUCGCCUCCACGAGGCUGCAGACGCCGGCGUCCGCGUACCGGUUCUCCGACUUCCCGUGGCCGGCGCCGGCGGACGCCGCCUCGGCCGAGGGCCUCUUCCCGCGCCACGACCAGGUGCUGGAGUACCUGGACGCAUACGCGCGGCGCUUCGGCGUCCUGGAGCGCGUCCGGUUCGGGUGCAAGGUGCUCGGCGCCAGCUACGUCGGCGCGACGGAGCGGGAGGUGGCCGCGUGGGAGCGGUGGUCCGGGAACGGCGAGGCGUUCGGCGACGGCACCGGCGAGUGGCAUCUCACCGUGCGGCACGGCGACGGCGGCGGCGAGUCGGAGAGCACUCAGAAUUCGGAGCGAGCGACGAAAACCAAGCUGUCCCCAAGCUCCCCACAUUUCCCCACGGCAGAGGCCCCGAUGCGUUCCGCGGGCGGGUGCUCCACUCCAUGGAGUACUCGAGCAUGGCGCACGAGGACGCCGCCGAGCUGGUCCGGGGCAAGCGCGUCGCCGUAGUUGGCGCCGGCAAGUCGGCCAUGGACACCGUCGCGCAGUGCGCCGAGGCCAACGGUGAGAUCGUCGAACGGCGGCAGGCAAGCUAGCCUGGUUCCACAUUUGUGUGCAAAGAAACCACAUCAUCAUCAGAACAUAUCUGUGCAUUGGAGUUGACAGGUUGCAGGUA